UAAAAACAACCUAGGCAUGCCAUUCUAAUGGUAAAAUAAUACGUUUUUUUAAAAGCCAUGAAUCUACUGACUUGUCAACAGGAACUUCUGGAGACUGUGUCACAUGGAAAUGUGGUGAAAGCUCUUCAGAUUUCUAUGGGCCUCUGUGCUAUGCUGCUUAGUCAGGAGUUUUUACAAUAGGAGGCACAAAUUCUUUAGUCUUGGUCUACAUAUAAAUGCAAGGGUUAAACCCCACAGGAUGUCAGUUCAUCAGUUGGAACCAGCUUGAACCAGCCAUCAUGACUAUGGGCAAGGUAAUCAUCAAAGCCGAUUGUAGAGAUUACACAAUUAUAUUGUCUUGUUUUCAUUUAUUAACCUACAAUUUGUCAUUUUUUAUUUAACAGGUUAUCUUCUAUGAGGACAGGAACUUCAUGGGGCGCUCCUGGGAGUGCACCGGUGAUUGUGCCGAUAUGCACUCUUACAUGAGCCGCUGUCACUCCUGCAGGGUGGAGAGCGGAUGCUGGAUGGUCUACGACCGCAACAACUACAUGGGAAACCAGUAUUUCAUGAGGAGGGGCGAGUACGCUGACUACAUGAGCAUGUGGGGCUGGGGCAACAACUGCAUCAGGUCCUGCCGCAUGAUCCCCAUGUACAGAGGAUCCUACAGAAUGAGGCUCUACGAGAGGGACAACUUCAUGGGUCAGAUGAUGGAGGCGACGGAUGACUGUGAUUCCUUCAUGGAUCGCUACCACUGGUCCAGCGGCUGCAUGUCCUGCCACGUGAUGGACGGCCACUGGCUCAUGUAUGAGAAUCCCCACUACAGAGGCAGGAUGUGGUACUUCAGGCCUGGAGAGUACAGGAACUUCAGGGACUACGGUGGCAUGAGGUUCAUGAGCAUGAGGCGCAUCAUGGACUCCUGGUAUUAAACCAGUUA